AUGGCGCCCCAACAGCUUAAACCAAAAAGACCUCUUACUUGGCUUAUCACUGGAUGUUCAUCAGGGUUUGGCUUGUCACUGGCCCGCAUCGUCCAGGCCAAGGGUCACAACCUCGUUGCGACUUCUCGUGAGCCUUCAAAGACACCCGACCUCAUCUCUGAGAUUGAAGGCAAGGGUGGCAAGUGGCUCAAGCUAGAUGUCAACGACCUUGAAUGCGGCAAAGUCAUUGAAGAGCUCGAGGCCCAAGGUCAGGCCAUUGAUGUUCUCGUGAACAAUGCUGGAUUCUGCAUAUACAACGUUGCGGAGAACUUCACCGACAAAGAGGUCCGAGAUCUGAUGGAGACGCUAUAUUUCGGUCCUAGCCGCCUCAUCAGAGCCGCGAUUAAGCACCAGCGUCAGCGCAGGUUCGGCGUCAUCGUCAAUAUCAGCAGUGGUGCUGCUUUGGAGGCCAAUCCCUCCAUGGGCGCUUAUGCUGCGGCCAAAGGCGCGCUCGAUUGCAUGGCAAAGGCGCUGGCCAAGGAAGUUGACACCUUCAAUAUCCGCGUCUUGACGGUCCUUCUUGGAACCUUCAACACCAGCAUGGGUAGCGCUACUAUACUUGGCCAGAAUCCCCUGCCCGAGGAUUACAAAGGCUCGAUGUCUGAAAAGAUUAUGGAAAUGAUGUCAAAGGGACAAUUUGCACCGAAUGGAGAUAAAGAUAAAGCGAUGAACGCCGUUUACGAAGUGGUUGUGGGAGAAGGAAUUGGUGAAAAUCACGAGGCCGAAAAGGUUUUACCACUGGGUCGGGACUUGGCCGCUAGAGUUCGAACUGUGCAGGACUACUUGGCACAUGCCAUGGAGGUCUUUGGGAAUGUUUGCAAUAACGUACAGUUAGAGGAUGACUGA